UCUUCGUCAUGAGAGUUUUUCUCCUAUAUUUUGACGCUGUUGAAGCUCGGAUAAAUCAUCUCAUCCACCAUAGAUUUCAUUCACUCACCGGUUGCUCUAAUUCGCCUGCGUUAUUAUCAGAACAUUGGAAACCCAUUAACAGAACCCAACUUGAAACCCUGAUUCUCCAGCAGUAUAGUCAUGGAAAAUUCUAUAACCUCGUAAAAAACGUUAUAUCCACUCCCAGUGUACUUCUCACUGCUUGCGAAAACCUUAGGGCGAAGAAUCAUGGUGGAACUUCUUCCUCCGAUUCGUCUUCUCUUAUUGACUCGGUCUCAAAGAGGUUCUCGGUCAAAGAAAUGGCUCGUGAACUUAGAGAAGAACGAUUUGAUGUCGAAUCUUGUUGCAUUACGGUGUUGCCAUCAAGAAAGAAAGGUGAGUCCUUGGUUCUUCCAAACCUGAAUCUGAAAGUGGUUGUUGAAGCAGUUCGGAUGGUUUUGGAGGUUGUUUAUGACAAGCGUUUCGCAACCUUUGCUUAUGGAGGGCGUGUGGGUAUGGGGAGGCACACUGCAAUUAGGUAUCUUAAGAGUUCUGUAGAAAACCCCAGUUGGUGGUUUAGGAUUAGGUUUAGUCCGCACAUGUUUUGUGAUCACCAUUUUCGAAAACUGAGUUUGAUUAUGGAAGAAAAAAUAGAAGAUAAACUAUUGACUAAUCUUAUUAAGAGGUUGCUUGAGUCUGAAGUUUUACGAAUUGAAUUUGGUGGUUGUUCUAUGGGAAGAGGUUUUCCUCAAGAAAGUGCCUUAAGUGCCAUUCUCAUUAAUGUUUUCUUCAAUGGUCUUGAUAAAGAAAUCCAAGAUAUCCGUCUCAGGAUGGAUGAGGAAAAUCCAAAACUUGAUUCUAAUGAACUUUUAUCUUCAUCUAAUGUUUUCCGUAAACAUAUAAGGGUUUAUGCAAUUAGGUAUUUGGAUGAAAUACUGGUUAUAACGUCUGGCUCAAAAAUGCUGACUAUGGAUUUGAAGAAUCAGAUUGUGAAGUUUUUGGAAGGGAAAUUGGAGCUAAAGGUUGAUAAAUUAAAUACUGUAAUCCACAGUGCUGUCUCAGAGAAGAUUGAUUUUCUAGGGGUGGAGCUUCAGGCAGUUCUUCCUUCGGUUUUGCAUCCCCCCAUGUCAGAAAAAGCAAUUAGAGCUCGGAAGAAGUACCUUAAACAGAAAGAGGCAAAAGCCUUGGAAUUGAGAAAUGCUAGAGAGACCAAUAGGAAGAAACUUGGGUUGAAAAUUUUAAAUCAUGUCUUCAAGAAGUUGAAGCAGUCUAAUGGUUUCAAGUUUGAUUUUCAUAUUGAGACAGAGGUCAGAGAUAUCUUCAGAGCUUGGGGAGAGGAAGUGGUACAAGAGUUCCUUGGGUCUUUGGAGGAGCGUCAGAAUUGGCACCGACUACUUUCUGCAGGUGAUUUUUUCUAUUUAAAAUCCAUUAGGGAUCAAUUGCCCCAUGACCUUGUGGAUGCUUAUGACCAAUUCCAAAUGCAAGUUGACAAGUACUUGAGUCCAGUCAAAAUCAGAAAAGCUUUAGAGGAAGAAAAACAACAUGUAGAAGAAAAAGAGAUGAAAAAGUACUCAGAGAGUACGGUGGAAGAUUUGACAAAAUUGUGUAUGAAAGUUGCUGCACCCAUGCACCUAGUUAGAAAAGCUGUUAAAAUGGCUGGAUUUACAAAUUCUAUGGGGCGUCCAAGACCAAUCAAGUUGCUUAUCCCUUUGGAUGAUACUGAUAUUAUCAAGUGGUAUGCUGGCAUAGGACAGAGGUGGCUUGAUUUCUUUUGCUGUUGCCGUAAUUUCAAAAUGGUGAAAACAGUUGUAAGUUAUCACUUAAGGUUUUCUUGUUUAUUAACACUAGCAGAAAAGCAUGAAUCCACCAAACGAGAGGCCAUUAAGCAUUAUAGUAAAGAUUUGAAAAUAUCUGAUGCAAAUGGCAUGGAAGAAAUCUACUUUCCCACAGAAAGGGAGAUUAAAAUGAUGGGUGAUAAAAAUCUUUCAGAUCCAAAACCUGUAGAUGGUGUUCUAUCCAUGGCCUUGAUCAGAUUGGUUUCUGAUGAGCAGUUUGCAUGUUCUUGUAUAGCUCAUUUUUGUGAUAGAAUGGAUGUUGUUAUUUAUCGUAUUCGGUUACUACAAAACCGCUUGAAUGUGAAUCCAUUAAAUGAAGAAAAAUGGGUUCCAAGAAUGGGAGCUAUUCAUGAAAGCUUGAACAAGAAGUGUCUCCCACUUUGUUCUGACCAUGAAGAAAUCAAAUUCGUUUUUCUUUCUUGAUGCAAGGGAUCAUUGAAACUGCAAGGCUAGCUACCUUUCCUGUGAAAACUCUGCUCUUCAACAAGUUGCAGGCUUCAUCCAUUUCUUCAUACUGUCAUAAUGUGAGACUCAAGACUUUCCCGUCAAAACUCUGCUCUUUUUCAUUUUUGGUGGACAGUAGUUCCUUAGUUUUGCCAAUGACUUGUGCAAGUAAAAAAGCAUAUACAAUUGAGUUGACUACUGAAUGCAGGGAUUUGUCAUUUUGUCUUAUAUAAAAUUUAAAUUG